AUGGUAGACCGCACAAUUGUUGUUAGGCGCAAUGUUGUUGACCCUCUACUUGAAGGAGAGGUUGUUGAUGAUGGCAUCAAAGAGAUGUUGGUAGAGCAGCUCGCCAAAGAAAAGAUACUUUCUACUUUGCUCUUGUCGAACGUCUCUGAUGAAGUUGUUAAGAGGAUGACUGAGCGUGUUGCCGAAGCCGACAAGGAAGCCUUCAAGCUCUAUGCUCUGACCCUUAUAGAUCAAGCCAAGGCUGCUCAGGGCGCAAAGCGUCGUAGGGUGGAGUCUGAGCAAGAAAAGGAGGAUUUCGACAAAUUCAAGAAGAACAUCCAGGAUCGAUUUGGUCCAGAUGUGAAGGUUCCUGCCACAUUGGUGCCCCCUUACCGCUUGCUCAACCGUCUAUCGAGCUCUCCCUUUGAUCACAUUGCGGCCCCCGAGUUCUUGGCCAGCGCUGCAUCAACUGAAAGACGAGGCAUUCAGCAGGCUGAAGAUGUUAAUACUGGCAAAGCCGUCUCCGUGCGCACAGGUAAAUCUCGUAAAAUAACGUCGCUUGCUCAGUGGGUUGAAUGCUACAUUCGCUGGUGUACCGGAAUCUUUAUGGUGUGUGGCAAAAAGUCGGAGGUGAACUCUCUGGCCAUGCUCAAAUACUUAUUGAAGGUCAUUCAGCUCGCUGAGAAACGAAACGUUCAAGCAGCUGUAAUCUAUGACCAUAAAUACCGUGGUUCCUUAAUAGGAUACCACCAACAAGGUCACUCGAUUGCUGACGUUCUGGAGAAGGAUUUAGACCCAUCUAU